AUGUCCGUUUGCCAUUGGGUUGGAGUCACUUGUGGCUCUCACCACCAGAGAGUGAAGUCCUUGAUUCUUUCAAACAGGGCCCUUGAAGGCAGGAUUCCCCGUGAAUUUGGAAACCUCACGUUUCUCGUCUCUCUCGACUUGAGAAGAAACAAUUUCCAUGGAAAUUUACCUAAAGAAAUGGCACGCUUGCGCUGGCUUAAGUUUCUUGAUUCAAGUGUCAACAACUUCAGCGGGGAGGUUCCGUCUUGGUUUGGAUUUUUACACCAACUUCAAGUUCUAAAUCUUAGGAAUAAUAGUUUCACUGGUUCCAUCCCUUGUUCAUUUUCUAAUAUAUCCACACUUGAUACUUUGAAUCUGAAUUUCAAUUCCAUAGAGGGCCAGCUACCAAAAGUGAUUGGAAACCUUAGAGAAUUAAAGUUGAGGGGUAACAAUCUCAUAGGCUCUAUUCCUCUGUCGCUCUCGAAUGCCUCAAGGUUGGAGACUUUAGAUAUAUCUUACAAUUCACUUCAAGGAAACAUUCCAGAAGCGAUCGGCAAUAGCUUAUCAGGAAGUCUUCCCAAUGGUUUAUGCAAUGGUCUCCCAAUACUCAAAGGGCUUUAUCUGUCUUCUAACAAGCUUCGUGGUCAUAUGCCUACAACUUCAAAUUUUGUCUUUAUCGGACAAUGA